GCAUGCCCGAAAUAAUUAAACAUCAACAUUGCCGGGGUUAGACGGACAAAUAUUGUAGCAGGAAAGUUUGUGUUUGUUGUUAACCGUGAUUCUUGAAAUAUAAUUUGGAUACAAGAAAAAGAAGACUUCCCAUUCAGUUUCUUAGCUUUUGAAGGAAUGAACGAUUGGCGUCCGUUUAUUUAUGGAGGAAUUGCAUCCGUUGCUGCCGAAAGUGGUACAUUUCCAAUUGAUACAACAAAAACCCGCCUCCAAGUGCAAGGCCAGAAAAUAGAUGUCCGCCUUAAAGAGAUCAAGUAUCGGGGCAUGACCCACGCCCUCAAACGCAUUUAUAUUGAAGAGGGCAUCAGGGCAUUAUAUUCUGGGUUGGUUCCAGCAUUGUUCAGGCAAUCAGCCUAUGGAACUAUAAAGAUUGGAGUAUACUAUUCGUUAAAAGGCUUCGUUGUUCCAAAUCCUAAAGAUGAGACCUUACCUAUCAAUGUUCUGUGUGGAGUGGUAGCAGGUGUUGUAGGAAGUGUCGUAUCUAACCCCACAGAUGUGCUCAAGGUGCGUAUGCAAGCACAGACAGAAAAUGGCAGCAGAGAAACUUUUACACAAGCAUUUACCAAAAUCUUCAAACAGGAGGGAAUUCCAGGCCUUUGGAGGGGCGUCAGUCCCACUGCCCAGCGGGCGGCCAUUGUAGCCGGAGUUAUUCUACCUGCCUAUGACAUCAGCAAGUUACAGCUCCUUAACCUGAACAUGGAGGACUGCAUGGCAACUCAUUUUCUGGCCAGUUUUAUUGCUGGUGUGAUAGGAGCUGUAUUUUCGACACCAAUUGAUGUUGUUAAGACAAGAAUGAUGAACCAAAGAAGGUACAAGCCUUCAGUUUUAAAAUCCGGUAUUGAGGCUCUCCCAAUUUACAAAUCUUCCAUGGACUGUCUUUUUCAGACUAUUAAGACAGAAGGACCGUGUGCGUUAUACAAAGGCUUUUGUCCUACCUGGGUUCGACUUGGCCCAUGGAAUGUUAUUUUCUUCCUGAUGUAUGAACAAUUGAAGAAGGUGUAUUGAUGGCUGAGCAGGCAACCUGAUGAUAACAUGUCCACAUCCACUGGAGUCAGUCACUACAUGCUCAACAGUUGGUUGACAAUUGCUACGUUGUUCUGAUCUAUUGACUUUUACACCAUCUAGAGUGUAAUCUCAGCUCUACCAGAUGUCAGUAUUAGGGACCAGAAAGCAAUUCUGACCAGAAGGAAGGCAACACACCAAAGCCGCUAGCCCCAACACGUAAAGAACAAUGAUAUCGGAUAUCAUGUGAUAGUGCUUAUCCUUAAGCUCAACUUCUGCAUAAUAUUGAGAACUAUUUUGUUUCGGUACAUUAUGAUACUGGUUAAUAUGGACAUUUGAAAAUGAGUUAAAAGCUUUUAUUUUAAGUUGAAUAUACAACCUUAAAGACACCUAAUGUUAGAUUUUAUGUACAUACAAAGUUUUAUUUGGUAAAUUGCUUAUGUUUAAAUGCUGAACAAUUUUCAUUUAACUUUGUUGUGCUUUCCUGGCAGUAUGUACCGGUACAACGUCAAUGUAUUUUUCUACCACAGAAGUCUCGUUUCACAAGUUUACACAUAUAGCUGUCCAUAUAUUUAUUGUUCAUUAUCAGUGAUUUACAGGGUACUUUUCAUUCAUACCCCUUUUAUUUUAAGUUAUUUUUUUGUUGUUGUAAUUUUCAACAGAGACAAAAAGAAUUCUUUUUAAACAGACUUGAAUAUAGUAAUAAAAGGAGAUAAAAUGUG